CAGGAAACACGAGAACCAGGAAGUAAGUUUUUCUGCUAGAUUUGUUUAUCGCUAAGUUGAACUCAAAAGCGGUGCGUUUAUCAUAAAAACAGGACCUCAACUGACUUUUAAAGAAAACUACCCAUCUAGUUAAAGGUGCAGCACUGCAGCCGAAGUUAUGAAUCGGGUCCCACUGCAGCAGCCUCAAAGCUGCGGCUCCUGGGAACUGAAGGAAAGACUCGGCAAUGGAGGUUUUGGAAAUGUCACAAAAUGGCAAAAUAAGGACACAGAGGAGGAGAUUGCAAUAAAGCAGUGUCGGCAAGAGCUGAGCAGCAGAAACAAGGAGCGAUGGUGUCUGGAGAUCCAGAUCAUGAAACGGUUGAAUCAUGUCAAUGUGGUCGCGGCCCGGGAGGUUCCAGAGGGGAUGCAGAAGCUUGUGGCCACCAAUGACCUUCCACUUCUGGCCAUGGAAUACUGCCAGGGAGGAGACCUGAGGAAGUAUCUGAACCUGUUGGAGAACUGCUGUGGUAUCAGAGAGGGCUCGGUGCUGACACUUUUACGGGAUAUUUCAUCAGCUGUCACUUACCUCCACAAAAACAGGAUCAUCCACCGAGAUCUGAAGCCUGAAAACAUUGUGCUGCAACAGGGGGAGAAACGCUUGAUCCACAAAAUAAUAGACCUGGGCUACGCUAAAGAACUGGACCAUUCCAGCCAGUGCGUUUCAUUUGUGGGAACGCUGCAGUAUUUGGCCCCGGAGCUGAUCGAGAGGGAGAAGUACACCAUCGCUGUGGACUACUGGAGCUUUGGAACUUUGGUGUUUGAGUGCAUCACAGGAUUUCGUCCCUUUUUACCAAAAUGGCCACCAGUUCUCUGGCACAACAAAGUCCGUUGUAAGCAGGACAAUGACAUUGUGGUCUAUGAGGACUUAUCAGGGGUGGUCCGCUUUUCAGAGCAUAUUCCUCAGCCCAACAACCUCAACAGUCUGUUGCUGGAGAAGCUGGAGAAGUGGCUGCGGCUCAUGCUUAAGUGGUCUCCGCAGGCCAGAGGGAAAGAUCCGAACGCACCAUCUAGCAGUUGCUUCGCUCAGUUGGAUGUGAUUUUACAAAUGAAGCUGGUCCACGUUCUGAACAUGAUGUCUGCUAAAAUCCUGACCUACUCCAUCUCGGACACAGAAACAGUGGCUGACCUGCAGCUGAGAAUUGAGAAAGACACCAACAUACCGACAGCCCAUCAGGAGCUCCUGCUGGAGGCUGGACUUGCUUUGGAGCCACAAGGACUGGCCUCGCAGUCUGCCGUUGACUACAAAGAGAUCGACGGUCGGAGGACCGACUUUCCUCUCAUCUUCCUGUUUGAUCGCUCCUCCUGCACGUACGAGCCGCAAUUUGCUCCCCGCACGCUGCCAGAAAACAUUCUCUUUGUUCAAAAAGACCCUCAGCAGAUUCUGGCCUACAGCCCUCUCCGGAGAACAUGCGGUCAGGCGUGGCACACCAUCCGGUCAAUAAAGGAGGACUGGCAGCGGCUGCAGCAGGGUCAAAAGGCUGCCAUCAUGAGCCUCCUGAGGCACAACUCCUCACUGUCCAAACAGAAGAACGAGAUGAUGUCCAUGUACCAGAGACUCACGGCCAAGUUGGACUUCUUCAUCACCAGUCUGCACAUUGACAUGGACAAGUACCAGGAGCAGACAGCCACUGGGAUUGCUUCAGAGAAACUGCUUGGUGUGUGGAGGGAAAUGGAGCAGACGGCCACCAGCUGUGGACAGGCAAAAGUGAGCGAGCUGGAGGAAGAGAUGAUGCUCCUACAGCAAGACAUUGUGGACGCACAGAGGCAGCCUUGGAGGAGCAGCGAGGCUCUGGAGACACUCGAGGGAAAGGCCAUGGAAAUGUUCCGCAAGCUUAGAGAGCAGGCCAGAGAGCAGCGAUGUCCGGGUGACAGUGAGGAUAUCGUGCGUCUGGUGGUUCAGGCCAUGCAGUUCUAUGAGAAGAAGCUGACAGACUUUUACACACACAUCAGUAAGACAGCAGUGUGUCGUCAGCGCGUGAUGGAGCUGCUGCCCAAGGUGGAAGGCGUCAUCCAGAAGAUGGUGGAGAGUGAGCAGGUGCUGAUGAGCCUGCAGGAGAAACGACAGAGGGAGCUGUGGAACCUGCUGAAGGUGGCCUGUAGUAAAGUUCGGAGCCCAAUCAGUGGAAGUCCUGAUGGUAUCAGAACUUCUUCCUCUGUACCACCGCUGAUGGCACCCAGAUACAGUUUGCAACAAUUUGACGAGUCUUUAGUGGAGGAGAGCCGGAUCUUCGAGAGCCGCCUCCAGAGUUUGCUGCAAAACACCAUCCAGAAGUCAGAAGAGAGUCUGGAGUCUCAGAUGCUGAGGGAGUGGACAUGGCUGCAGGGCAACCAGAGUUUCUCCAGCGACCUCUCCUGAGCCCACUUGUGCUGCUCUAUACUGCCAUCGUGUGUACAAGAGGAGUAACUAAAGGAAAACGAAAGUCAUGCCCAAGACAUUGUCAUCAAGUUCCACACGUCGGAGAAGAAAAAUGUUACGUUGUAGUAGAAAGCUGCAGAACAAAGCGUUGGGAAUUUAACCUGCAACCAUCCGGUGACUUAUUUUACUCUAUCAAUGAAAAGAGUGUUGCAUUUGUCAUUGUUUUUAUGGCUGUUGUUUUAGGUAAGAAUAUGCUACCAACAGAUAAAUGAUACCAAGCCUAAUGCAUGUCUACUAAAAUAUUGUUUUAGUUUUACUGGGGUUUAAAACAAACCUGUCCCAUGACAGAUGACAUGGUCCGUUUUAGUUCUCAAAUGUGGUAUAUGUAAAUGAUCUUACAGUUCCUGCAGAGUUUAUAUGACAUAUGUUUAUUUUUGUAAGACAAUCAAGUUGAAUGUGACCAUAAUUAAAAGUAGAAAUAAUGAUAUAACUACUCUGGAGUGUUCAUCUUGUUCUGCAGUAAAAGGAUCUAGAUGUUCACUUAUCAACCGUGCUUUUUCUUUGACUUAAUCCUUGUUUUGUCUUACACUGUCAUCAAUUAUGGUUGAACUUGGAUCUGGACAGUAAAUGACUCCUGCCAAGGAGGUCAUGUUUGGGAGGGCAUUGGUUUGUCAGAUUUGGAGGAAAUGCGUGAAAUGGGACAAGGAACAAACGGGAUUGAUCUGUCUGGAUCUGUCUUGAACCAGGAAUUUUUCAAAGGAUUCUGACAGAAGUGUUAUCUGCAUCUGUUAUCUUGAUGCCAUUUUUUUUCUUUACUUAAAAAAUA